CAUAAUACGACAACGAAAGGAAAAGACACACUUGGGCACGACUAGCAAUAGUAGCCUAAGAGCCAAAUAAAAAUAUGUACAGAGACUGAACCGCCAUAACGUCCCGAUAUAUAAAAGAGCACCCACUCUUAUUCGGACAGCUUUCAGCUUUUAAACACUCCUACCCUUCCGCUCCUCCAACGUUUAGGAACCCUAGACGGCUAGACACCCCCCAAUUAGCCAGAGGCAAUGGUUGUCAACGACAGGCCCUUGAAGAGGAUGAAGAGGAGGGUCUUCGCCGAUCUCAACGACUUCUUUGCUUUCCCUCCGCCGGAAGAGGAGGCGGAGAGCGGCCUCGGAGUCCACCGGAAGGCCUUCAGGGACAGCGUGAGGGUGUUUCUGGAGAGGCACGCGCGUCUCACGCCCACGCCCACGCCCUCUGUGCUACCCGCCUUGCUGACCUGGCAGCUACUGUUCCGAGUCGCGGACGGCCCGGAUCCGGUGGUCGUGACCCUCCACGUGGUGGAGGAGGACGUUACCGGAUCUACUCGUAGAUCCGUCUACUGUGACCAGUGCCGAGUCGUGGGGUGGAGUGGGCAUCCGGUGUGUAGAAAGCGAUACCAUUUCAUAAUACGAAGGGAAGAGAGUGGUAUUCCGAUGGAUGAUGAAGAUUUGGAUAUGGAAGACUGGGUCCAUCUUCAGCUGGAAGACCACACGCAUCUUCUGCACGCUGUGGUUCACUCCAAUGGCUACGCCCAUCUUCUUACUCUCAAUGGCAGGGAAGGUGGCUCCACGCUCCUGUGCGGACGUCAAAUCAUGGACUUCUGGGAUAGGCUCUGCGCAUCGCUUGCCGUCAGGAAGGUUAGCGUGAUGGAUGUGUCAAAAAAACAUGGGAUGGAGUACCGGCUGCUUCGUGCAGUCACCAAAGGUCAGUCAUGGUAUGGUGAAUGGGGUUACCUUUUUGGUGCGGGAAGUUAUGCCCUCACGCGGGAGGCUUACCAGGAAGCAGUGGAUAGGCUAUCCACCAUACCCUUGUCCUCGUUUUUGUUCCAUGGGAGAGGACCUCGAACCCAUUUGCAGGACGUUAUUGCUUUUUACCAGUCUCUAUCGGAAACCCAACUCCAAACAAUCAGGGAUCUUUUCUCCUUUUUGUUGCGUUUGAUGCAUAGAGCUCGGAAUCCACUGGAUAAGAUGCCUGGUUGUGCAUCUAUGGAGGUUGAGUUCAGCACCUCAAAGGAGUUGUGUGCAUGGACGAGGAAUGAUGUUGAGUGUGUGCAACAAGCGAUGAUGAAGGUGCUACUUGCAGCAGCAGCAGCAGCAGCUGGCGAGCCCUGCUGGGUGACGAAGCGUGCUAUCAAGGGCGCAAUGUGCAGGUCGGCAUCUCCGGAGCUUCUUGAUUACUGCCUCGAGCACUUGAGAGGGGAGCUGGCAGCUGAUGGCAUGGUGGUUUGUUCCCGGUACAAUCCCAUUUCCAGUGCAGUGGAAUUCAGGCUUGAGCCUCUGAGUACCGUGCACAGUGGAUUUGAUUUGAGUUCAAACCACCCAUCAGUAGAGCAGAUUGUUUGUGAUCUCAAGUUUCUAUAUGAUUCAAUUCUACACCCAGAGACCAUGGUGAACUUUAGACCCCAAGCAAUGAGGGAAUGUCUUAUGGAUUUAGCAACUAAGCUGCUUGACUGCAAGCAAUUUAUGAAGGACUAUGAGCCGGAUAGAAUGACAGCAAAGAACCCUUUUGCCAUACAGCUCUGGUGUUAUGUUGAGCUCUUAGAUAGGCCGAAAGAUGACUUAGCUCUACCUCCAGAGCUAGUUGUCUUGCCCUUGAAUGCCACCGUUGCUGACCUUAAAAGUGAAGCUACUAAAGCUUUUCAAGAGGUGUAUGCAAUGUUUAAAAUGUUUCAGGCUGAGGAACUGCCGGAGUUUGGCCCUGUAGAGGAUUCAAUUACCGUCAAGUUUUUGGUUGGAAUGGUUGCGCCAAUCCGAGUCCGAGGAAGAUGCCCUGCAAAACAUGGUUUAAGCCGAUUCCGGAUGGAGAGGGGAAUGGAGAACUGGACGGUUGAUUGCACCUGUGGGGCUAAGGACGAUGAUGGUGAGAGAAUGUUGGCUUGUGAUACAUGUGGUGUUUGGCAGCACACAAGGUGUGCUGGGAUUGACAAUUCCCGUGCAAUCCCGGCAAAGUUUGUUUGCAUGAGGUGCUUCAAAUCAUACUGCAAGGAAUCUAGAAGGAUUGAUGUUUCUAUUAGUGAGACUAAUAGGGGACUUUCACCCAGCACAUUUUGCAGGGAUGAAGCAGUAGCACUAGCAACUGAUGGUCCUGGAGUUGCCUCUAACAUGCCUUUAACUUAUGGUGUAGGUUGAGUGUAUGCUCUGUGUAUAGUUCCUUAUACAUGUACAGUUUCUUUUUUGUUUAGGAUUGGUGACAAGGCCUUAUGUAUUUUUGGGAGGCUGUCAUUUGUGACCACCUCCCCUGUUUUUUCAGUGUAUGG